AUAAACGCGAACAAACAUCGCGCAGUUCGCGAUCGCUCGCCAAGAGGAGACAAAAGUUUGGUUUGUUCGUCGUCACUUUUCGCGUUUGUUGGUUUAUCGCGUUUUUGUGAAAUACCUAGCUAGCUAGCCAUCAGGUGAAGGAGGAGAAAAAAACAGUUUAUUUAUUGUGCGCCCGAGAAGAGCGAAUAUCUCGCGCGCCCCGGCUGCUGGUGGUGGUGAUUCGCGGUUUUCGAUGCUGACGGACCACGGACGGCACGGCGAUUCAGUCGAUUAUGGUGUUCUCGAAGAGAAAGAUGAAGCAGCUGUUCGCGUUCGGUGUGGCCAUCGUCUUGGUAAUCUGUUUGUACAAAUCGUGGGGUAGCCCGGCUAGUGCCAAGCUAAGUCUUGCAAUCGCUAGUGAUAAUGAUAAUGAGCUAGAGGGAGGUUUCGACCGGGGAAGAUUUGGUGCGAGGCAUCCGGAGCCGCGCGUGGCUGAGCAGAGCAGAGAUGGUGGGGUCGUUGCCGAUCGCCGGGAAGAGCUGGAUAAGGAGCAGGAUACCAGAAUGAACGAGCUGCACGAGGCGAAGAAGCAGAUUUUGCAGUUGGAGCGGAAAAUUCAGGAACUGGAAGGUCGGAUACCCAGGAAGUAUCCCGACGUGACGUUCCUGAAUUAUAAAAACCGGAAACGGAUACUGAUCACCGGCGGGGCCGGCUUCGUGGGGUCCCAUCUGGUGGACUACCUGAUGAUGCAGGGCCACGAGGUGAUCGUGGCCGACAACUUCUUCACCGGCCGGAAGCGCAACGUCGAACACUGGCUGGGUCACGAAAACUUCGAACUGAUCCACCACGACAUCGUGAAUCCGCUGUUCAUCGAGGUGGACGAGAUCUACCAUCUGGCCAGUCCGGCCAGUCCACCGCACUACAUGUACAACCCGGUCAAAACGAUCAAGACCAACACGUUGGGCACGAUCAACAUGCUCGGGUUGGCCAAGCGGGUCGGAGCGAAGGUGCUGAUUGCGAGCACUUCGGAGGUGUACGGCGAUCCGGAUGUGCAUCCCCAGCCGGAAACGUACUGGGGCCAUGUGAAUCCUAUUGGGCCACGCGCUUGCUACGACGAGGGAAAACGGGUGGCCGAAACGUUGAGCUAUGCGUACGCCAAGCAGGAGAACGUCAAUGUGCGGGUAGCGCGGAUCUUCAACACGUACGGUCCGCGGAUGCACAUGAACGACGGCCGGGUGGUGUCGAAUUUUAUCAUCCAGGCGCUGCAGAAUCAGUCAAUUACGAUGUAUGGCAGCGGGAAGCAGACCCGCUCCUUCCAGUACGUGUCCGAUCUGGUGGACGGAAUGGUGGCGCUGAUGGCGUCCAACUACACUCAGCCGGUCAAUUUGGGCAACCCGGUGGAGCGCACCAUCCAGGAGUUUGCGGAAAUAAUCCGGGACCAGGUGGGCGGCCGGAGUAAGAUCAUCGAGCUUCCGGCUGUGGAGGAUGAUCCGCAGCGGCGCAAACCGGACAUAUCCCGAGCCAAGAAGUAUCUCAACUGGGAACCGCGGGUUCCACUGAAAGAGGGCCUCAUCAAAACGAUAGAAUACUUCCGGAAGGAGCUGGCACGGUCCAACCACUCGCAGCGGAACAUUUUCGUGCCGGAAACGACUGAAAACUUGGAGAAAUAGCUCCCUCAACUCCCAAUUCCCAACUGAUGGUGGUGGCUGAAAUAUUUGGAUCGGCGUACGUGAGCGGCGCGCGAGUGGUUUGUGUGUGGUAGUCAGGUGAGUGCUGUUCCCAGCGGAUGAUUCGAAUGCCCUGUUGUAAUUUUGUAUUAAGCCGUGUCUAUCCCAUCCGAGAACGCUCAGCAGCAUCCUUAUACUUUCAAUGACAGUACAAAUUUCUCUCCCUCCGAUUCAUUCGUUCGUCACUUUUGGUCAUCAGAGCUUCUCGUUAAACCGUACAUCUGUGGUGCAAAACCCCUCCUUAUUAUUUUAGUGCGGGUCUCCAUUCCCAUCUUGUGUGUACAGGGAACCAAAAUACCGAUGUCAAUUAUUGUUGAAAGCGUGGCCUUCGGUCCACGGGAGUGGGAGGGACCUUCUAAAUCUUAGCUUAAUCUUGGUUAGAAUAAUUUCUCUCGAGUUGGAUCUUUUGUGCAUAUAUGUUUCCAGAACCUUGUUCUAGUCUUGUUUUAUAUUUGUGAAUAUUUUUUUUAUAGUGUUUAUGUGGAUCAAAGCAAAGAAACGAUCAUGUUAGUGAAUAGUUGAA